AAAGCAUACCGGAACAAGCAAUUUUGGUAAACAAAAAAAUGGUUAUUUCACAAUAACAUAUGUAAGAUUUCUUUAAAAGGCUUAAAAUGAAUACUGAUUUCAAAAGAAAUAACCAGUUGUUGAUAACGAAGUCAAAAGUUGGAAAUGGCAGCAAGUGGAGCCCAGGAACUGCCCUUGGAGGGCGGAAAUAUUUGUUCACAACAAGAUCCCGGUACAGCUAUGUCGACCCGUGCCAGAUUUAUGGAACUCCCUGAUGAUGUCUUAUAUGCUGUCUUACAGAAAUGUGACAUAAAAACGCUUUGCAGGUUGUGUCAAGUUUGCUGUAAAUUGAACAUACUGAUUCAAUCAGAUUCAGUUUGGCUUCCCUAUAGAAAUUUAUCCACUGUGAUUGGAUCAUCCGCUGUGCCAGCAAGCACAUAUUCCUUACACAACAGACCGAUAAACAGUCCAUGUGUAAAAGAGCAGUUAAGGCUCUCCCAUAAUUGGGUUGAGAAGAAAUACCAUGAAAAGGUUUUAUGCAGGCUUAAUCCGAGGCAGUUGCCAUGGAUGCAGUACACAGGAGGCACUAUUUGGUUCUCAGUCAGUAACACGAUACGAUGCUAUAGGAUUCAGAGUGAUGGCAGAAUACGAGAAGAUAAGAAGCAGCACCUGACAUUGCAAGACCCGAAACAGCAUGGGAGACAGCAGCGUAGAAGAAGGGCAAAUUUUUCAGCAGAGAAUAACAAGCACCCAAACUUAAUAAACAAAGAUGUUAGCAGAUUUGUUGUGAAAGAUAAUGUUACUAUUAGUGGUUGCAGAGAUGGCAGCUUAUAUGUAUUUGACUGUGAUAGUGGCAGAUGUUUGGAAUCAAUUCAGAUAUCUGUUACAAGGGAUAGAACUGUGAAGAUUUUAGCAAUGUCACAUGAUGAUUCUGACAACAAUCCUGUAAGAGCUACAAUAGACAUGAAGGAUCGUAUCUGGUCAGUUGCCAUGGCAACAAAUGGACAGAGUUUUACUGUAGGUACGUCUGGAUGUAAAGGGAGUCCUUCAUUGUCAGUCUGGGAUGCAGAAAGGGCAGAACGUAUAUUUUCUCUUGGGAGUUACCGUUAUGGAGCUGGAGUGUUAGACAUGAAAUAUGAAGAUAACAAUACUCUAUUGACAUGUGGCUAUGAUGCAACUUUAAGGAUGUGGGAUAUGCGGUCUGGACGCUGUGUUGAAGAAUGGCAAGAACCCUAUGAUACUACACUAUAUUGCGUGCAAACCGAUAGAAAUGUUACCAUGGUAACUGGAACUGCUAGAUACGGUAUGAUAAGAUUGUGGGACAAACGAAAAUCAGAGCCAGUUCAGGAGUAUUUCCUCUCACAGAAGAGUCCAGUUUAUUCUGUGGCAUUUGAUUGUUCACGGAUGUAUGCUGCACUGGACAUGAGCAUCAACACUCUUGACUUCUCUGUCCUGCCGACAUGAUGUAUAAAUACUCUACUUGUUGGCAGAAUGCCUACAAGAAGUUUUUAAAUUGGGUUGUUAUCAUUCUUCCUUGUCAUUAUUUUUUGUUAAAAGGGUUAUGUUUUGUUUGAUAGAUCUGUGAUAUUGAAAUUGCCUAAUGUUUGUAUUAUGAAACGGGUAUAUGUGACCUUGGCUAGAAUUGGACCCCAAAUUGUUGAAAAGAAAAAUCCAAGAGGAGGCCAAAAAUGGUUACAGUAAUGUUUAUAAAUGUUUAGUUCAGUUGUCAGUAAAAAAAGAUUUUCUCUGUUUUCCCUUACCGGUAUUUGAGCCGAAAUAGCAUCUCAGAUAAAACACUGGUAUGGUGUUUUCAGCUUAAUAUUGUUGGAAAUAGGAGACAUAAUGUAAAAAAUACCUUAUUUUUGACCUGUCCAGCAAAACUUUCCAACAUUUGCAUGUUGGGAAAUGCAAAUUAUUUCAUAAUAAUAAAUCUUUAAAGGAUGGCUUGAACAUUAGUCACCUGAGCACAGAGUGCUCGGGGCGAGCUAUUGUGAUCGCUCACCGUCCAGCGUCCGUCCGAAGGUCCAUCCACACUUUCAUUUAAACAACAUCUCCUCUGAAACCAUUUAGUGGAAAUAGAUGAAACUUGGCCUUGAUGUUUUUUUGGUGUUCCCCUUCAAAAGUUGUUCAAAGAACUGAUUUCCACACAGAACUCGGUAGCCAUGGCAACCGAAAGGAAACACUUAAAAAAUCUUCUUGUCCAAAACCGCAUGGCGUAGAGCCUUGAUAUUUGGCACGUGACAUCAUCGAAUGGUCCUCUGUAAAUGUUGUCAAAAUUAUGCCACUGAGAUGAAAAGUCCGUGCCCCGGGGGCCCAAUUUUACAUAGACUUAU